AUGCAUCACGCCGGUGGUGGCGGUGGCGGUGGCGGUGGCGGUAGUGGUGGCGGCGGUGGAGGUGGCGGAAGUGGCAGUGUCGGCGGAGUCGGCGGUGGUGGCGGCGGCGCCGGUUACGGAAGCGGGCCGCAGGAGCGCGUUCACCAAGCUCCAAGACCGGUCCAGCCUGAUCAAAAGUGUCCCUAUGAGACCUACCAGGCGCAAAUCCCGGACUGCUGCGCGGCUGCGGUAGCGGCGCAAGAUCCGUACCCACGGCCGCCCAGUGGCUACGAUGCCAGGUGCUACGACGAGUGCCAUCGCAGGACGCCGUAUCAAGAAGAGUCCUAUCCUCAGGAUGUAUCCUCGACAUUCCACCGGUCCCAGUCUAGACUGGGCUACGAGGAACGUCCUCAGUCCCGAGUGGGAUACGCCUCGGAUUCCAGGUGCGCCAGCGGGCUCGGAUACGACGACACUGGUGGGGGUUACCUGGAUCAGAGUGACCCGAGAAUGUAUUGCACCGGCGGCUAUUGCAUGGGAGAUACGAUGAUGGCGACGAGCAGAGGCGUAUGCGGCGAAGAGGUAGAACUCGACAUGCGGAGGCACAUUCAGGCAUGCGCCUGCACAUGCAACCACAUGGGCUAUGGAAAUUACAUGGACUAUCAGACCACGUGCCUAACAGAACUGCCAGAUGUGGCGCCUUGCAACGGCACCGUGCGAUUACCGCCACCGUGCGAGGACUCGCCUAGCAGCGGCAGCAGCAAGGAUCGCAGAGACGAGAGUCCUCGCAGGAGAUGUCGGGUGUUGGCGCCUGUCCUGCUCCUAGUGGUCGUCCUGCUCCUCGGAGGCCUCUGUUUGCCGUUUCUACUACAAUCCGCGCCUGCCACGCACCAGCAGAGGCUGGACGUGAUCAGGAGGAUUCUCACUGAAGUGCCUCUGAUCGACGGGCACAACGAUUUGCCCUGGAACGUUAGAAAGUUCGUACACAAUCAACUUGGCGAAGUCAACCUGAGCAGCGAUCUCGGCAGGGUUGACCCAUGGGCCAGAUCAGACUGGAGUCACACGGACAUCCCUAGAUUACGCGCUGGCCUCGUCGGUGCACAGUUUUGGUCAGCCUACGUUCCUUGCGGUGCCGCUCAGUUAAAUGCAGUUCAACUCUCAUUGGAACAGAUUGACGUAAUUCGUCGACUCGCCGAAAUGAAUGCUCAACACUUAACCCUGGUUACCUCCGUCAAAGGUCUCAUCGAGGCGCACAGAGAAGGCAAGAUCGCAAGUCUAAUCGGAGUAGAAGGUGGUCAUUCCUUGGGGAAUUCCUUGGGUGUUCUCAGGACGUUUUACGGUCUGGGAGCGCGAUAUCUUACUCUGACACAUGCGUGUGACACCUCCUGGGCAGUCUGUUCUGUUGGCGAGACGAACAACACUCAGGACUCCACGCCGGGCCUCAGCGAAUUUGGGAAAGCAGUUGUCAGGGAAUUGAACAGGCUGGGCAUGUUGGUCGAUCUCUCGCAUGUCUCGACAAGAACGAUGAGGGCGGCCCUGCAGACGACGAGGGCGCCGGUGAUCUUUUCGCACAGCGCUGCCAGGGCGCUGUGUAAUUCCACCAGAAACGUACCGGACGACGUGCUCAGAAAUCUGGCUAAGAAUGGUGGAGUGGCGAUGGUCCCUUUUUAUACCUACUUCAUAACGUGCAACAGCACCGCUACUAUAAAAGACGUUAUUGCACACAUCAAUCAUAUUCGAAAGGUGGCGGGAAUCGAUCAUGUUGGAAUCGGAGCGGGUUUCGACGGGAUAAAUUUUACUCCCACGGGUUUAGAGGAUGUCUCGAGGUAUCCGCAACUAUUGGCCACCUUGUUAGAGGAUCCCACAUGGACGGAGGAUGACAUCAAGAAACUAGCCGGGCUCAACUUGCUGAGGGUAUUCGCGAAAGUCGAACAGGUUCGUGACGAGUGGCACAGAGCAGCCGUGUUACCUGUGGAGAAGAUCAGUCCACCAGACAACUCGGCCUGCGUUUACGGCGCGUCCUGA